CAAUUUGGACAAGUGCUGUAUAUCCCAACGCAUAACGCACACGCAGCCGUCACCGCUCAGCGUACCCAAACGGACCCGUACAACUCAACCACGCGCAAAUUCGAGGCUACGUACAUCAAGACAGCUGUCGAUGAUGAUGGGGUUGGCUUCGAGGUGGUGGCACUCCCUGUGGAGAUCAGCAAGGACGUUGUCAUGACAACGCACUCGCGCAGCGGAAAGGCCAAGGCUACACUCGCGCUGGUCGACAAGGACAAGGUGAAUGCGAAAUUGUUUCGGGCGUUCUAUUUAUAG